UUGUAUCCAGUUUGGGGCUAUUACAAAUAGUGCUGCUGUGAACAUCAUGCCUUUUGGUGCACACACAUGCAUUUCUGUUGGACAUUUACUUAGGAGUGGAUUUGCUGGGAUUUCCAUAUAUUCUACUCGUGUUUAUUGUCUGUUUCCUGACUAGAAUAUAAGUUCCACGUCUAUUCUAUUCACUGUUAUGUCCCAGCGCCUAACGCAUUGCAGGGCUUCAAUAAAUUCCCUUCUCCAGGGUGGCGUGGUCACCAGCUGCUUCAUCCCGGGCUAGGGACUCCGCUCGGGACUCUGCGCCUGGGGCGCGGGCUUUGGGUGGGGAAAGAGGCGCCCAGUGGAGGGACGUGGGGGUGGAGUAAGAGCCCGCCCCGCCCCGCCCGGUCCCGUGGCAGCCCCAGCUGCAAGUCCCGGGCGCUGGGUUAGAAAAAGCCGGCCUAAGCCGGGACCCAGACCCGGGAUCUGGCGUUGCCAUGGCUUCCGGCGGGCGGCCCGCGCCGGAGACGUCCGCCUCGGAGAUAAGAUCCAUCCGGCGUCCAGGUGAGAGUCCGGACGAAAGUCUGGGCGAAACAGUCCUUCGCUGUCUUCUCCCUCCGCCUCCGUGGAACGUCUCUCUCCCCGCGGCGAUCCGGAGAAGUUUCCCGGAGGCUUGCCUGCGCGGAGCGGUCAGUCUCCCGGAGCCGUCGUGGACCAGACUCAUGCGGGGGGCAAUGCGGCCUCGGCCAGCUGCGCGCCCCGCCCCCGGCGCCGCUCUGGGGCCACCGCCCCCGCCGCCCCCAGUUCCCAGCCGGCCCGGGCUGGUGCCGAGCGAGUGGGGAGGCGUCCUGGACGAGCUGCAGCUGGAUGCCCACCUGACCCAGGCCCAGGGCCGCGAGGCGCGCCUGUGGCUGGGGGGCCGACUCCAGGUGGAGAUUUGCGAAGCUUUCCAGGAAGUCGUGUUGGGGCUCCUGAGAGUUGAGAACAUCUUUGACUUCUCCCAGACCACUUUUAACCUGGCUCUCACUAUCUUCAGACGCCUCAUAGUUUCAGUAAAGAUAAAAAAGUGUUUACUCCAUUGUGUUACAAUUACUUCCUUGAGACUUGCUGCAAAAGUUAAUGAAGAAGAGGAGUUAAUUCCACGCAUAAAAGACUUCAUAAAGCACUACGGCUCUGGCUAUUCCCCGAAUGAGCUGCUGAGGAUGGAGCUGGCUAUUUUGGACAAACUUCACUGGGACCUCUACAGUGGGACACCGCUGGACUUCUUGACCAUAGUAAGUACGAGUCUACCCUGGACUCAUUGUGCCUUUAGAACAGCUGUUCACAACGUAGGAUGGCAAAGCACACGUCCUUGCACAUGCAGCACAGUGAGGUGACCCACAAGGCUCACAACAUACGGAAGAGUGAAAUGUUGUCUUAAAU